AUGGCAUACUUUGGGAGGAUGCCUUUCUCACACAAUGAAUUUCGUGAAGGACAGGCUGGGGACCAAGCAUCUUUUCCAAUGUACCAUUCUGGUUCUGCUGGAGAGGUCCGUCUAGGAUUCGAUCGGAUAGCUGAUGAAGUCAGCAAUGAAUUUUUUUUUUAUGGUUCAUCACAUUCACAUCAUCAUGAAGAAAUUUUUUUCCCAUCAGAUGUCUUUGGUCUGAAUGUGCCUGACCAGCAGUUUUGUGGUCAGCCUCUAGUUGCUUAUGGUGAACUUUACCCUGGCAAUCCUAUCUCUCACUGGCAACAAGGCACAAUGUCACCAACGGUUGGCUUCAGAUCUUCUUUACUAUCUGAUUACAGAAACUUCUCUCUGGCGGAUCCCUACCCCUACAGUCAAGAGAGGGAACUCUAUGGAGGGAAUAGUAUCAGUCCAGUCACAAAUGUGUUUGAUUCAAAUUUGGAAAGAGGCAACACAAAUCUGAGUUUUCAGAUAGGCUUUGGCAAUGUAGAUGCUCAAUGUCCUGUUUUCUUAGACAACUAUCCAUUUGAACAAGAAGUGAGAGGUGAAAGUGGAAAUGGGGAAACUUGUUUAACUAACACUUCCAGAAGAUGCGACAUAGGACCUACCUGGCCCAGCAGCUCUGGACAUGGCAGAGAGGCUACAAGUUGGUCUAUCCAGCUGGUUGAAGCAAAUCAAGGAAGUAAUGAAAACACAGUUGCUUUUUGCAAUGCAGUGGAGAAGAUAAGAAAUGCCUAUCCUGCUUUUGACUUGAAGACAAACACUGGGAAAAUCUGGAGUGUUGCAACAAGGUUCCCAGACCAUAUCCUUGGUGAAUCAAAAUUCAGAAUCAGCGUUUGGACAGAUUCUUCACCAUAUCCUCUGCUUCUUACACAACAUGCUGGCUGUAUCACUCACGACUUAAUUGUAGAGAUCCUCCAUUGCACAAAUCGAUACUCAGUCCAGGAGGAAUGCCUUCUAAGUGUUUGCGGGUCUGAUGAAUUCUUACAAAAUAAUCAUACUUUGGGCAGCCAUGAAAGUCUUCGCAAGGCAACCACCUGUAUUCAGCUUCGACUACACAACACUAGUAAUUUGAAGCAAAGCUUGGCUCGAACGCAUGAGGAUGACCAAAGACGGUUCAGUGUGAAUCAGCUGUUAGAAGACAGUUGUGCCUGGAGACUGACUCGACAGAACCUUGUCUCAAUUAUUAUGAAAUACAGAGGUCAAGUGGAAUAUCUAUUGCAAAAUGAGCAUAAAGUUGAUAAUGUGAUCGAAGUAGCUAAAGCAAUCUGCAGUGUCCUAUGUUUUGUGGAAACCAGAGACAUUACUGAUGCAGUCAAGAAACUCCGUGCGGUGCCAUUGGUGAAAGCACAGAAUUCACUUCAAAGUGUGGAAACAUCAGACAAAGCGUUAAUAGAGGCGUCUGUGACUGAGCUCUCCAUGGCCAUAUCUUGUCUCAUCCAUGUUUACAGCAGCAGCUUUGAUGCAAAUUUCCAGCUUGCCAGCAUACCUAAAAGCCCUUCAUGUGCAGACAUCAGCCUAGAUUCCCAGCUCAGCUUCACUGUUUAUGCUGCCCAUCACAUCCCAGAAGCCUGGGUGAACAGCUACAAAGUUUUCUCUUUUUCCUGUUCACUAACUUACGCUGGGAAGACAAUAUGUCAAGUGAAGAUUUGCAAAAAUAUACCAGUUAAAAGAUCCUUCUUUUUCUUGGCUGACUGGAAUGAGAAAAUCAACUUUCCUCUACGAAUAAAGGCUCUUCCGAGGGAAACUAUGCUGACAAUAAAACUACUUGGAGUAAACAGUGUCUCUAAAAAUACAGAAGUGCUUGCUUGGACAUGCUCCCCAUUGUAUCGAAAAGAGCGGCUCAUUCACGGAACUGUGCUGCUUAGCAUGAUGUACAGCACGCUUACAACAACAAUGAUCACCCCAGGCAUCUGCAGUACUGAUACACCAACCUCAGUAACGUUGCAGAUUGACUUUCCAGAAACUAAUUUGGAGUUCAUUAAACCUGAACCUGAAGAAAGAAGAGGUGAUCUUGAAGAGCCAACCACAGACUGCCUGAAGCAUAUUGCAAGACUUUCGCAGAUACAUUCUCUCUUGCUAUUCUCAGAGCAACAGAGAAGAAUCUUAUGGUUUUAUCGUUACUACUGCAAUAAUCAAAAUUGUUCCCUUCCUCUGGUACUGGGCAGUGCACCCAGCUGGGAUCGAACGACUGUAUCAGAAAUGUAUGCCGUGUUGAGGAGAUGGAGAUUUUCUAACCCUCUGGAGGCACUUGGGCUUCUGACUUUCAGUUUUCCAGAUCAAGAUAUUCGCAGAACAGCAGUCCAACAAAUAGAAAAUAUGUCAAAUGAUGAAUUGUUAGAAUACCUCCCACAGCUGGUUCAGGUACUCAAGUUUGAGUGGAGUCUUGAAAGCCCUCUAGUGAAACUCCUGCUGAAUCGUUCUCUUCAGAGCAUCCAAGUAGCCCAUCAACUUUACUGGUUGUUGAAGAAUGCACAGAAUGAAGUUCAUUUCAAAAUCUGGUAUCAGAAACUACUGGCUGCUCUCCAAUUCUGUGCUGGAAAAACCCUGAACAAUGAGUUUUCUAAGGAGGGGAAACUUGUCAGAAUUCUGGAAGACAUUGCCAAAAAAGUAAAAGCUGCCAGUGACUCAAAAAGAAAGGAGGUGUUAAAGGUGGAACUCAACAGACUUCAGCUGUUCUUCCAGGAGGUAAAGGUUUGUCGGCUUCCCCUGAAUCCUGCACUUGUUGUCCAAGGCAUAGAGGCAGACUCAUGUUCAUAUUUUACGUCCAAUGCUUUUCCAUUAAAAAUCUCCUUCAUCAAUGCAAAUGCUCCAAGUGGAAACAUCAAUGUUAUUUUUAAGACAGGCGAUGAUCUACGUCAAGAUAUGCUGGUUCUGCAACUUAUUCGAGUGAUGGACAGCAUUUGGCUCCAAGAGGGACUGGAUAUGCAAAUGAUCAUUUAUAGGUGUUUAUCUACAGGAAAAGGCCAAGGAUUGGUACAGAUGGUGCCAGAUGCUACCACACUAGCUAAGAUCCACAGGGAGUCUGGACUGAUAGGACCAUUGAAAGAAAACACAAUUAAAAAAUGGUUCCGUCAUCACCAUCCUCUGGAAUCAAGCUACCAAGAGGCAAUAAGGAAUUUCUUUUAUUCCUGCGCUGGCUGGUGUGUUGUUACCUUCAUUCUGGGAGUCUGUGAUCGACACAGUGACAACAUAAUGCUGACAAAUGCUGGACACAUGUUCCACAUAGAUUUUGGAAGAUUUUUAGGUCACGCACAGACAUUUGGAAGCAUAAGAAGGGACCGAGCUCCCUUCAUCUUCACAUCAGAGAUGGAGUAUUUCAUCACAGAAGGUGGAAAAAACCCACAGCGUUUUCAAGAGUUUGUGGAGCUUUGUUGUCGAGCUUAUAAUACGGUCAGGAAACACAGCCAGUUACUUUUGAACCUGCUGGAGAUGAUGCUGCAUGCAGGAUUGCCCGAGCUAAACAGCAUUCAGGAUCUGAAGUAUGUGUAUGAUAACCUCCGUCCUCAGGACUCAGACCUCCAGGCUACAAGCUACUUUACAAGGAAAAUAAAGGAAAGUUUGGAGUGCUUUCCUGUGAAACUCAAUAACUUGAUCCACACGCUUGUACAGAUGUCAGUGACAGGCUCUGCAAAGCCUCCAGCUCCAGAGACUGUCCCCCAAGAAUGGAUGAUGCUGGACGCAGAGAAGUCAAUCGCAAGAGCCACCAUUUUGGGGUUCAACAAAAAGUCUGACUACCUAUAUCUAGUCCAGGUGGUGCAAACCUGCAAUGUGGUCACUUUUGUGGAAAAAUCAUUCGACCAGUUCUCAAAACUUCACAGCCAUCUCCAGAAGCAAUUUACAUCACAUGCCCUCCCAGAAAGGGGGGAACAGGUUGGGCCUGACACAGCUAUUCCUGAAAUCAAAGGGUUUCCCCACUCAUGGCAUUUACCUUUUACAGAUCUUGAACAUAAAAGAGUGAAGGAUUUGAAUCUCUAUCUGAAGCAGCUAUUAAGUGGAUCCAGGAAACUGGCUAAUAAUGAGCUUGUACUCAGCUUCUUCCUGAAUUGGUCCAAAAAUACCUUGGCAGAAGAUUCAUCAUCUGUGACCUUAGGUCCUCAGUCAACCGAUCAUAAGCCUGGAGUACAAUUAGUCAUAUCCUACGAGAGCACCCAUCUGACAAUAAUGUUGAAACACAUGAGGAACAUUCGCCUCCCAGAUGGCUCUGCUCCAAGUGCACACGCUGAAUUUUAUCUUCUGCCGGAUCCUUAUGAGGUCAGUCGAAGGAAAACAAGAACAGCCCCAAAAAGCUCUGACCCUACUUACAAUGAAAUUGUUGUGUAUGACAAAGUCACAGAGCUUAAAGGCCGUAUACUGAAGCUUGUUGUGAAAAGCAAAGGAACAUUUGUGGGAGCUGUUAACAUUCAACUGAGCAGUGUCCAGUUAAAUGAAGAGAAGUGGUAUCCACUGGGAAACAGUAUAAUUUAAAUGUUGUCUAAGAUAAUUCAAUUAUUUAUCCACUAAUGUUUCUUUAUCCCAUUUCCCACGGUACAUUUUGUCUCAG